AUGAACAAAAUUUGUAUAACUAUAAAAGCUAUUAAGUUAUUGAACAAAGAUAUAUGUAAUAACAAACCAAUAACAUUGGAAUGUAUUGAAGAAAAAGAAAAGUACUUAUUUUUGGACAAUGAUCCUGCUCAGUUUUGUUUAAUAAAAGAUCUUUCAUAUGAAUUGAUAUCAAAAAUUUUGGAGUUAGGUCCUUGCCAACCACAACCCGAAGAACUCCCUGAAAAAUGUUAUCCAAAAAGAAAAGGCCAUAGAUUUAUUCCAAGCUUAUACAAAAAGAAAUUACCAGAUGGUUGUAUGUUAUUUYCUGGAAAAGGCAAAGAAACCMCAAAUAAAGCUUGGAUUCUAAAUGGUUUUGAAAAUUGGUCAACUUGUUCUCUCAGUAUUACUGGUCAUGAGGUGUCAUCAGCUCAUGUUUUUUCAUCAAUAAAACAAAAAAUUAGACAAUCUUCCUUACCACUUAUACCUUCACUUACAUCUAAAAAAAAAGAAGAAGUAUUUAUGAACCGUGAAAUAAUCAAAACACUAAUUGAUAUGACCUUAUACUUGGGACGUCAUAACAUAGCAUUUAGAGGCCAUAAAGAAGAUYGGCAAAGCACUUUAAAAGGGAAUUUUAGAGACUUAUGCUCUCUUCUUUCAAAAUAUUCUCCUACACUGUCAAAUUAUAUUGGUCAAUUGGAAGAAAUGGGAUUAAAUAAACGUCCUCAGUAUUCAUUUAUCACAUGUCAUAGACAAAAUGAUUUAAUAAAUUCAAUAUCAAAGUUUAUACAAUUGAAAAUUGUCAAUGYCAUUAAAAAAUCAAAGUUCUUUAGUAUUUCUAUAGACUCAACCUUUGACUUGUCCCAUAAAGAGCAAGUUUCCUUUAUAUUUAGAUAUAUAGAUGAAGACACUUUAGAAAKAAAUGAACGUCUUCUAAGUUUAAGAGAUACACCAAAAACCACUGGAAAAAAUCUUUUUGAUACAUUUAAAGAAGUUUGUGAAACUCAUUGUCUUGACUGGACUAACUAUCUUAUUGGACAAUCUUACGAUGGUGCAUCAAAUAUGAGAGGUCAAUACAAUGGCAUUCAAAGCUUAAUUAUUCAAGAAAAUCCACAAGCAAUAUUUGUUUGGUGCUGUAGUCAUCGACUCAAUCUUGUUGUCUCAGAUUGUACAAGCAUUUGUACAAAUGCUAUGGAUUUAUUUGGAAACCUUGAGAGAUUAUAUGACUUCAUUUCUUGUAGUAAAAUACGUAGUUCAUUAUAUGAAAAUAAUUUGAAAAAGUUGUAUCCUGGUGAGCAAGUACGUAGAUUGAAGAGAGUGUCCACUACAAGAUGGAUGUCACAUAAAGCAGCUUUGGAUAAUGUUUUAAAAACUUUUUUAGCUAUUAUUGAAACAUUAGAAAUGAUGUGUGAUAGURAUGUUACAUGUGAUAAUAAGUCAAGAUCAGAAGCUAAUGUAUUUUUGAGUUAUUUACUAUCAAAGAGAUUUGUUUAUACAGCAUUUUGUUUUAAAACAGUUUUUACCAUUUUAGAACCGGUAUCAAAAAUUUUACAAAAAAAAGACUAUGAUAUUCUUUCAGCAACACUUUUAUUACAAAGUAAAUAUGAAGAAUUAAUCCAACUACGUACAGAUGAAGCUUUGAAAAAGAUAAUAAGUAAUGCAGAUGAAUUUAUUGAAAAUACUAGUUUGGAAUUUUCAUCUUUAGUAGAAGGACGAGUUAGAAGAAAAAAAGUGAUGUGUGGAGAAACAAGUCGGGAUGAGCCAUUGGUAUGCUCUAAUACAAAUUUCCGUGUUAAUACCUUUUUUGUAGUUAUUGAUCGAGUAACUUCUGAACUAAAUCGACGAUUUUUUGAUCAAAGUGAAAAUAAUGUACAACAAAUUGGUAUUUAUAAAGAUAUUGCACUCAYGACUAAAAAACGAAUAAAAGAAGUUCAAUUAGAUUCAAACAGACUUCCUAGUGAUGCGUUUAUGGCAUUUYGUGGUGUGUAUGGAAAGUAUUUGAAUAUUAAUGAACUUAAAUCAGAGUACUUGACAUUCACUAAAURCAUUGAUGCUUUUUUAAAAACAAAUGAACUCCCAACCAGUCUCCAUGAUCAUCAAAAUAAUGAUAUCAGUGAUGACAGUAACARUGAUAGUUGUCAAGAAAAUGAAGAUAUAGAUGAUGUGUUUAGUGAAAACCUCGGAAGUUUACUACCAAUAUUUAGAUUAAAUGUUCAUGAAAAAUAA